AGCUACAAAUCUGCAGGAUUUGAGGACUUGCGGGGUGAUGGCUCUGGUGCCCAGGGGGAUUUGGGGUGUCUCUGGGCCCCCAGAUUCCCUUCCCUGCUUCGUGGCACAGGAGGCAGAAACAUCGCUCUGCGGCAAAAUGAUGCCUUCCAAAAGCAAAGCUCCGACCCUGUAAAACCGCUGGAUUGCUUCCCAUAACUGCUGGCCAAGGGGGUGCUCGUGUAAAAGCACCCAAACGAUGAGCCCUCGCUGUCCCCAAGACGGGAAUUAGGGGAGAAGGGGGGGGGGGGGGGGGGGUCCCCGUCCCCAUCCCAUCCCCGUGGUGCGGAGCAGGGGGGUUCCUGGCACCGCUUCCCUGCAGGUGUCCCCCGGUGAGGAGCAGCGGGAUGCGCUGGUGGCUCGUCACCGUCCUGGGGGUGCUGAGCGGCCCCGGCACAGGGACCGCAGGCUGCGGGGCGCCGCGAUGCCCGCCCGGAGAGGAACCCGUCGGGGCGUGCGGCUUGGCACAGACCUGCCGCCCGUGCCCCCCCGGCGCUUUCUCCCCGGGGGACGCGCCGUGCGCCCCGCACACCCGCUGCCACGCCGCCAACCGGCUCCUCCUGGCACCAGGGACGGCGGCGGCCGACAGCCGCUGCGGAGGCUGCGUGCACGGGUUUUACAGCCCUGAUGGCGAGAGGGAGCCCCGGGGCCGGUGCCUGCCCUGCUCAGUUGCCCCCCCCAGCACCCCGGGGUGCCCAGGCCAGCGGCGAGCCCGGAGCGCGGCGGCACCGCGGGGGCCGGCGGGGAGCAACGGGACACGGGAGGCUCGGCCGGAGGAGGCGGCGGCGGCGCAGUCGGCCGUGCUGGCCAUCGUGCCCGUCUUCUGCGCCAUGGGCUUGCUGGGCAUCCUCGUCUGCAACCUGCUGAAGAAGAAGGGCUACCACUGCACCGCGCACAAGGAGCCCGACCCCGGGGCCGGCACCGGUCCCAGCUCCGUCUACCAGAUCGAGGACGCCAACGAGGACACCAUCGGGGUCCUGGUGCGCCUGAUCACCGAGAAGAAAGAAAAUGCCGCGGCGCUGGAGGAGCUGCUGAAGGAGCAUCACAGCGCGCAGCUGGUGGCACCGGGCUGCAAACCUGCCUAUAAGCUGCACCUCCUGCCUCAGUUUCCCCCCGCGUGCCGGCACCAGCAGCACCUGCACACGGUGCACGGCCCGGCCCCCCCCUCGGACCCCCCCUGCACCCGCUGCAGCCAGAAGAAGUGGCCCCAGGUGCUGCCGUCCCCCGUUAAUGCCACCAAGGCCACCAAACCCGGGGCCAAGGCCGGCCGCCCCGGCGAGAUCACCAUCCUCUCCGUCGGCAGGUUUCGGGUGUCCCGUAUCCCCGAGCAGAAGCCCGGCACGGCAGCGGGGACCGGGGGUGACCCGCCCCGGGGUCCCCUCCCCGUCGGCAGCGGGACGAGGCCGUCGUGGCUGAAGAGCACCGAGAGCCGCCCCGAGGGGCUCGUGGGCUGGGAGGUGCUGGGCGAGGGGGGCCAAGCACAGCGGGAUGGGACGGACGUCGCACCCCCCACCCCCGUGACCACGGUCCCCUUCGCCUCCCAGGGCAGCCCCUCCGCGGCCAGGCUUGGGGACAGCACCCUCGCCAUGUGACACCCCCGGGGGUCCCCAAAUCAGCCCCGCCGCAGGGCGAGGGGCUCAGCACCCUGCAGGGUGACCCAGCACCGCCUGGGGUGACGGCAGCCAAAGAAGGGGACGCCCCAAGCCGUGUCCCCCCUCCCGGUGAGUGUCCCCAGACGGAUGUCCCCAGCUCGGUGGUACCAGGACCACCGCGGCUCGCCAGGGCUCAGCACCAUCCCCCCCGGGCCCUUUAUGGCCGUCGGGUGAUGGAUUCUUAAUUUUAUUUUUUUUUUAAAGCCACUCGGGUUAAUUUCUGGAAAUGAAGUCACUAACAUGGGGGACACCCCCACACACACACCCCCGUGUCACUUAGGGGACCGUGUCUCCUCCCUGUCCCCGGCCUCACUGCUGACAGCAGGCUUGGCACCAGCGCUGGCACUCCCCAGCGCCCUGUUCUGGGGCAGCGUUGCCCCUUUUUCCUAUAUUUAUUUACCUAGCCCUUUGUGUCAUGGUUUCCUAAAUACUUUUUUUAUUUGAAGUCUCCCGGGCUUGUUCCUGGAAAUGUUAAUAAACGUGCUCCAUUUUGGGGCAGGAACCUA